GCGAACGUUAAGCGUUAAAGCGUCGCUGCUCCUUAUAGAUUUACUAUCCCUCAUCGACAUGAUCAAGAUAGACUGGACGAAAUCGAAGACGAAGGAGGAGCGAGACGUUAUGCUGAGACGAGCGAGAAUCACUCGCGCGAUCGUUAUGUCCGGAUGGGUCAUAACGAUUUUGACAUUAAUCAUUACUUUCGGCCUGCCGUGUUUCGGAUUAACGACCAGGCACACGACGAACCUGACCGACUUCGGAAGACCGUUGCCGAUACAGUCGUACUACUUAUACGAUAUUUCCACGAGUCCGCGGUUCGAGCUGACACUUCUGGCUCAAGGAUUCACGAUGAUCACGACUACUCUUUCUUAUUGCGGUUUCGAUCACUUUCUAGGACUGUUGAUUUUGCACGUGUGCAGUCAACUGGAGAAUCUGCAUUUGAGAUUGACGCACAUGGGAAUGUAUUCAGAUUUCAAUGUAGCUUUAAAAUACAACGUCCAGGAUCACAUCCGCUUGAUCAGAUCGGUCGAGCUCAUCGAUAAUAUAUUCGGUUUAAUGCUACUCGUUAUAGUGACUUUCUUCAGCAUAAUGUUCUGCCUGCAAGGAUUUCUCUUUGUUAAUGUUGUCCACCAAAAAAGUCAAGUAUCGUCAAUACAAUUGAUUUGGUUCGUCACGGCGCUAGUGUAUCCUUUCCUGCACAUGUGUCUUUGUUGCGUCGUUGGUGAAAUUCUCGUGACACAAUCUGAAAAAAUACAUUGCGCCACGUACGAAUACGCAUGGUACAAUAUAGAUCCGAAAGCUGCAAAAAACUUAAUAAUGAUCACGCUUCGCGCUAAUAAAACACUUUGCAUCAUGGCUGGGAAAAUGUUUCCUAUGACGAUGGCAUCGUUUUGUAAUUUAUUGAAAACAUCAGCAGGUUACAUAUCUGUGUUACUUGCCAAGCAAAAUUGACGGCAUAUUGUGAAUUCAAGAUUUAGGUGAUUCUUUAGAGACAUUAAAGUACAUAAUUAAUAAAUUAAUUUCUUGUAUAUAUCCCUUGCGACAAAACGAAAAUGUAGAUAUAGUAUUAAAGAUGUAUUAUAUAU